CAUACUGGGUUGUAGCUUUAUUCAACGCCAGAAAUACAAAGUCGCUGUUGUUACAAUACCACCCAAGAUAGCUUGCCACAUAGCAGACAUUUUAUUAAUACCGACUCUCGAAUCGUGAGUUAUAAUUGGAGACAAACGCUACCCGGACUCAUUUAAUGCGACACAGGGGAUUAAUGGCUGCAGUCAAUGUACUGAUCUCCUCUCAUUGUUUACAUUUCGAAACGGUGUGUUCGCGGCGUUUGCGAGACUGUCAUUGACAUGAGAUAAAAUCUAAGCCCGCUGUGAUGAGAAAUAUCUCGAAAUUGAUGUGAAUAAAUUCACCCGGAUCAGUAUUAAUCCAGCAAGUAGCUAACUAGCCCUAUGUGCUAACCAGCACUGCUCGAUUUUUACUGUUUCGCUCCGGAGAUGGCAAGUUAGCCUCCUUUUUAAAUAAAUAAUUAAAUAAAUUUGCUCUUCUCCUGCAUGGAUCUCAUGGACACCCAAAUGACCGAGGAGCUAUAGCGGAAGGUGAGCCCAAAGGACAGACAAAAUCCUCUGAACUUAACUGUCGCAGGGUGCACGAUGUUUAGUGUACCUCAAAGCUCCAAGUCCGAGUUCCUGGACAAAGCCAGGCAGGCCAGAGAGGAGAGAAAGGGGCAGAAGGAGAAGGAGAGAGCAGCAAUUAUCAUUCAAGCUCUGGUCAGAAGAUUUAUAUGUCGCUGCAGGCUCCAGAAGCAAAUAAGGAAAGAGAUUGAUGACUACUUUCAAGCUUCUGAAACUGGGACAUCUAAAAGAAAUGCACUUUCAAUUUUCAAAAUUGCUCGCAAAUUACUAUUCAUAUAUUGCCAAGAGGAUAAGAUGAGGUUUGAGAAGCUCUGUCGUGCUAUCCUAGCCAGCAUGGAGGUUGAAAAUGAACCUAAGGUGUGGUAUGUUUCCUUGGCUCUGUCCAAAGACCUCACUAUUCCCUGGCUCAAACAGAUAAAAGAUGUGCUUUGGACUUGCUGUCAACUGCUGAAAAAUUUAAAGCCUGACAUACUUCAGGACAACAAACUGGUGACACUGUACCUCACCAUGCUAGUAACCUUCACAGACACAUCAACCUGGCGGAUAGUCAGGGGAAAGGGUGAGGCUCUCAGGCCUGCUUUGACAAGGAUUUGUGAAAAUAUUAUGGGCCAUCUCAAUCAAAAGGGAUUUUACUCAAUACUGCAGAUCUUGCUGACCAAUGGCUUGGCUCGUUCUAAACCGUCUCUGUCCAAAGGCACUCUGACAGCCAUUUUCACUUUGUCAUUAAGGCCCGUCAUUGCUGCUCACUUUUCUGAGAAUCUGCUGAGAUCAUUCCUCAUCCACAUCAUGUCAGUCCCAGCCAUCAUAACCCACCUCAGUGGGCUUACUCCAGAGUGCAUGGCAUCUAUCCAGACGCAUGACCUGCUGCGGAAAUUCAUUCUGUUUCUCAGUAGAGAAGAACAGUGUUCGGAUAUCUGUGUGUGUCUUGAGGGCAGCCACACACUGUGUCUACUAGGAAACCUAAUUCACUUAGGCUACCUUAAUGAGAAAGUGCUUGAAGAGGAGGCCAACCACUUUGUGAAGGACCUGACUGACAUGCUGUCCUACUGCCAGAGAUAUGUAUCCCAGAAGAAGUCCAACCUAACUCACUGGCACCAAGUGCUGGGCUGGUUCUCGCAAACUGUGGACUAUGGUCUUAAUGAGUCAAUGCCCUUGGUAACAAAACAGCUUCAGCACCUGUGGGGCGUACCUGUUAUUAGAACUCUUUUCAGUGACGUCCUUUCUAAAAAGCUGGAGAGUCAGGAGCCCACUCCCCCACCACCACAACCUAGCACUUCACAAAAUAACCUACCAGUUAAAAACCUUUUCAAACGAGCAUUUCAGAAGUCAGCCUCCGUGCGUAACAUCCUGAAACCAGUCGGGGGGAAGCGGGUCGACUCAGCUGAAGUUCAGAAAGUGUGCAGCAUCUGUGUGCUCUACCAGACCGCACUGUCUACACUGACGCAAAUACGCCUCCAGAUACUCACUGGUCUUACACAUCUUGAUGACCUUUUGCCCAAACUUUGGGCUUUCAUCUGUGAGCUGGGUCCUCAGGGAGGCCUCAAACUCUUCAUGGAGUGUCUGAACAAUGACACCGAAGAGUCAAAACAGCUCCUUGCUAUGCUCAUGCUCUUCUGUGACUGCUCGCGGCACCUUAUCACAAUUCUGGAUGACAUUGAAGUAUAUGAAGAACAAACGUCCUUCAAGAUAGAGGAACUCGUUACUAUCUCCUCUUUUCUGAACACAUUUGUGUACAAGAUGAUAUGGGAUGGCAUCUUAGAAAAUGCAAAGGGAGAGAAACUGGAGUUGUUCCACAGUGUUCAUGGCUGGCUGAUGGUGCUUUAUGAGCGAGACUGCAGGCGGCGGUUCACCCCUGACGACCACUGGCUGCGCAAGGAUCUAAAGCCUAGCCUGUUGUUCCAAGAGUUGGAGAAAGGCAAGAAGAGAGCGCAGCUUUUACUCCAGUACAUCCCACACGUUAUCCCACAUAAAAAUAGGGUGCUGCUGUUCAGGAACAUUGUUACGAAGGAGAAAGAAAGCUUAGGACUGGUGGAAACGAGCUCUGCUUCGCCGCAUGUCACCCAUAUUACCAUUCGGCGCUCGCGGAUGUUAGAGGAUGGAUAUGACCAACUGCGCCGGUUACCAGUGAAUUCCAUAAAAGGCGUAAUUCGGGUGAAGUUUGUGAACGACCUGGGUGUGGAUGAGGCUGGAAUCGACCAGGAUGGUGUCUUCAAGGAGUUUUUAGAGGAGAUCAUUAAGAAAGUCUUUAAUCCUGCUCUCAACCUCUUUAAGACCACAAGUGGAAACGAGAGGCUGUAUCCUUCGCCCACCUCUUACAUCCAUGAGAACCAUUUGCAGCUGUUUGAGUUUGUGGGGAAGAUGCUCGGGAAAGCUGUAUAUGAGGGCAUUGUUGUGGACGUCCCUUUUGCCUCGUUCUUCCUUAGCCAAGUCUUGGGUCACCACCACAGCACUUUCUACAGCUCCAUUGAUGAGCUUCCCUCACUGGAUUCAGAGUUUUACAAGAACCUCACUUCCAUUAAGCGCUAUGAUGGAGAUGUAGGGGAUCUGGGGCUGACAUUAUCCUAUGAUGAGGAUGUUAUGGGGCAGCUUGUCUGUCAUGAGUUGAUACCUGGGGGAAAAACCAUGCCAGUUACCAAUGAAAACAAAAUCAGCUACAUCCACCUCAUGGCCCACUUCCGCAUGCACACACAAAUUAAGGAGCAGACGGCUGCUUUCAUCCGAGGCUUCCGCAGCAUCAUUAAUCCGGAGUGGUUGCACAUGUUUUCCACCCCUGAGGUUCAGCGUCUCAUUUCAGGAGAUAACGCGGAGAUUGAUCUAGAUGACCUAAAGAAACACACGGUCUACUAUGGAGGUUUUCACAGCAGCCAUCGUGUCAUCAUCUGGCUGUGGGACAUCCUGUCCAGUGAUUUCAGUGCUGAGGAGAGGGCUAUGUUCCUCAAAUUUGUUACCAGCUGCUCAAGGCCACCUCUCCUAGGUUUUGCCUACCUCAAACCGCCUUUCUCCAUCCGUUGUGUGGAAGUUUCAGAUGAUCAGGACACUGGGGACACCCUCGGCAGUGUCCUCCGGGGCUUCUUCACCAUCCGAAAGAGGGAGCCUGGUGGGCGACUUCCGACUUCAUCUACAUGUUUCAACCUGCUCAAGCUCCCCAACUACAGCAAGAAAAGCAUCCUACGUGACAAGCUGCGCUACGCUAUCAGUAUGAACACAGGCUUUGAGCUCUCCUAACUCUGUUGCAUCAGGACAAUCUGCACAGGAGGGCUGUAUUAUACAGUCUGAUACCAAGCAAGAGGCUCAGCUUACCUGCGUUGGAGCCUUUAACAUCAAAGGGGCAUCACUCAAACAAAACAGGACUCUUGAAGGACCCUUUACUUCUUUUUUUUGUCUCUUUUAUAAUCUGGAUGAGCUCUAAGGGAGUGAGAUCCAGUUAAGCUGUGUCUCCCAUCAAAAGGGGAAUGCUGUUUCUGCAGAACAAUCCAAUUUCUAACAUCUUCCUCUCUCUUUUUACCCCUCCAGAAACUGAGUAUACAUGUUUCUCAGGCUUAACAGAAUAAUGAGUCUAACACUCCCACUUUAAGCGAACUGGAAAGCAAUACAGAAGCAAUGCAAGCCAUUACACACAUUGUCGUCUCACUUGUGUAAAACUAAGCGAUGCAUUGUUACUUGUAAGCUUGGAUUCCAUUAUCCCGGCACCCUACAGCUUAUAUUGAAUGAGUCUUAAUGUGUCUUUCCUGAACAUGAUGCUUCUCGUAUAAGUGGAAGACAAAUCAAUGUUUUGUGUUCAGUCUCCUUGAAGGAGUGGUGGCUCAUAACGCCGAUCCUGUCCGUUACGUUAUGUCCCGUUUUUAAGGAAAAUCGUUUUUGAGCUCUGUCCCUUUUCUCCCCACUAAAAGACACUGGGUCCACCUGAGAGAGACGUUGGCCUUCUGGUUUUCAUGUUCCCAGUAGAUCUUAAAAACCAACAAUCUGCCUCAGUUCCAGUGACGCAGCAAAUAAUCCCCUAAAAGGUUUGAUCUUACUCUUCGAUAAAAGAAAAAGAAAAGAAAGAAAGAUGUCGUUUCUGUAGCAUCAGUUACUUUUGACCAAAAGAACUGGAAAUGUUUUGUCACUAUUUGUGUUUGCAGCUGUUCCAUGUUGCACAACUUCCACCUUAAAAACACGAAGAAGAGCAAAGCAAACCAGUCUUCUUACUCUGUGUAUCUAAUGCUAGGGAAAAAAAGAAAUCUCACUACACCUUGGAUUAAUGCCGAGUGCCUCACGAAUCGUCGUCACCUGUUGCUCGCACGCUUGACUGUGUUUCAACCGUAACCAAUAACCACGAUUUGGAAACAAGCCAUAGAAAUGUGGGGGCUAUGGUCCUGGAUAUAUUCUCUGCUUAUAGGAGCAACACAGAGCGGAACCACUGUAAUACCACAACAACCGCGGAGGGCUUCACUACAAUGCUCUCUGAUCUCUGUGGACUUUUGAAGCCAUGCGGAAAAGAAUGAUGUCAUGGACUGGUUCGUCAACCAAAUGCGACCGCUUGACUUGAUGAUGUUCCCUUGGAAACGUUGCACACAAUUUUGCUGUUUGCGGCAGUUGGGAGGGAGGGGGAAAGGGACAUGAGAGUGAAUGUGACUUUAUAAGCUUAAAAUUUUUUACCUUACACAGGGUUCAUUUACAGCAGAAGGUCCAGGCACAGACUUUUGGUUAUUUGGAGAAAAAAAAGGACUGCAUCAUUAAAAGCGAUAGAAGAAGGAAAAAAGUCUAACCUAACAAAGUUCUUUAUUAUGCAAAAAAAAGUUUUGUCAUGAAUGAAAAUUGAGAUUUUUGUUAAUAUGUAACCAUGUUUCUAAGAAGUUAUAUGAUGGCCACUAACUCGUGAAAAAAAAUAAGUGAUUUAUAAUGAAAAUGCAACCAUUACAUAUAUACACAUAAGACUGGUUGUAAUAAAUUUAUCUAAUAAUCUAAUAAUGAUGUUAAAUGAUGUUAAAAUCAAACCUGACAAAUCAGUUAAGGGGAUCCUUAAAGUAUUUGGGCAAGAACUGAAAGCACUGCAAAUGGAUUUAUAUGACACACUACUGCAACUGCUCACGAGUGUGUGUGUGCGUGUGUGUGCGCGUGGUAGUGUGCAAGAGUGGUGAAAGAUACCUCACAUGCUUGUCUGUCUCCCGAUGAGGUGGCUCAUCUGUUUAAAUGAUGUCAAGAGAAGACUUUGAGUGUACCAGUGAUUGCUGAUGCUGACUCUUUUAGUACAACAAAUAAAUAAAUAAAAAGAAAUUAUCCCG